UGUCAAUAUGGCCGAAAAAGUUUUAGAACUGAUUGUCGUCCUUCUAUUUAUACAAAUUUCGUCUAAGUAUGCUCAACAGUGUGAUGUAGCCAGCAUUCAUGUUACACAAGAAGACGGUAGCCAACAAGUCUUUAGGGUAAAGGGACUACAGCUGUUUGGAGAUUGUAAAGAAUGCGACGAAGAAUCUCGAGCAACCACUUCACGGAGCACUGACCACAGAUAUCGUUUCGUCUUGCCAAUCAGCUUGACCAUAGGAGAACUGGCCCCAGAAUGUGAAAUGAAGGGAGAUGUGCCAGUGGGUCUUUGUUCUGUUCAAAGAGAGUCUUGUCCAAAGGAAGGCAUGUUUAACUUAGAGGCUCAUUCUGAAUCUAUAGCAAAAAAAGGAUUAGUGCCACUAGCAACAGGAAAUAUGGAUAUAGAUAAAAAUAUUGCUAUGGGGAUGGUUCUGAUGAAUUUGGUUCAACCAGAUGAAGCAGUUCAAGUUUUUACUAAUAUUAUCAAGGAGCAUCCUGAAACAAUAAUUGCGUACCACGGGAGAGGGACAGCAUUUGCAAGAAAAGGCCUUCAGUCUGAAACUAAUGCAGCUUUAGCACUACGUGAUUUUAGUAAAAGUAUUGAGUUGGACCCAAAGAAGUCAGAGAGUUAUGAAAGAAGAGCAGAGGUGUUGAUAUCCCUAGGUCAAUAUACCAAAGCUUUAGAAGACGUCAAUGAAGGCCUGAAGCACAGUAAUAGAGCCAAGCUAUAUUUUCUUAGAGGAACUGCAUUGUUUUUGAUGCAGAAACUGCAAGAUGCAGAAGAUGAUUUUAGAAAAGCUUUGGAUCUGGCAAAAGAUCCUCAGCAUCCCUUUUUGUAUCAUCUUGGUCUGACAUUAUUUUAUAAGGGGAAAGUAAGGAAUGCAAUAGAAGUGUAUAAAGAUGCACUGAAAUUAGAACCUAACCACACAGAAACAUUGCUGAGUCUGGCCCAGGCAUUCAGGGAGAUUGGCAAUGUCAAACAAGCCAGAACACAGUUUAACAAGGCAAAAUCCAGGAUGCCGUAUAAUUUACUUACUAUGCAGCUAUUGAGCAGUUUUGAUUAUUUCUCAGGGGAGGCUGAAAAGGCACUAGAGCACACUCAUACAUGUCUUCGAAUAGACAGAAAAAAUGUGUUGUGUCAAUACCUGAGAGGACUUUCCCUGAUUGUUCUGGGUCAGCUGUACGAGGGAGUUAAAAGUCAUACCAAGGUCAUGGUGUAUACACCAGCUAGCAGCAGCAUGAGAAUGAGUCCAGAAUUUAUCAAAUCACAUUAUCUAAGAGAAUAUGCCAGAUAUCUCCACUCACAUUUAGACCUGUCGGUCUUAGAUCUCAACUUGGACGAGGAUUUCAAUGGAGAAUUCAGAGAUCGAUGGGCAAAAGGGCUUCCGUUUCAUUUUGAGGGCCCCUAUAAAGAACAGCCUGGUUUACAACCACAUAUUAGAGAUGUCAGCUUAGAUUUAAGCUGGGAUAAACUGUCGCCCAGCGCACAAACAUUAAUCUGCAGAGCUAAUAAAAUAGGCUGGCUUACACAGGUCACGGCCGACGGCUUCCUGCCCAAUAAAAGACUCAAUCUGGCUAUGGGGUUAGCUGCGACACAUAUAGCACAGUUUUUAGAGUCUUUCUGGCGAGGGAAAAAUAUGAAGUGUAAAGGAAAGAAAUGUACCUGGCGGGACAUAUUUGACAUAGGUGUGCAAUACAGAAGACUGGCAGACCCAGAUAGUGUAGUCUUAUGGCUGGAUAAAAUACCAGAAGAUAUUGUCAAGGAGGGGUAUAAAUGUGAUGUCAACUUUGUGAAGGGUGAUGUUGUAAACAUCCGGAUGGCACCAUAUUUUGACCUGGUCUUCAAACUGGUCAAGACAAUGUUAGGGCAUUACCAAGGAGAAGGGGUCAUAAAUUACGCUGGGUUUCAGGAAGAUUUAGACAAAGCCAAAAGUGUGCAUGAUAUUUUACAAAUAGCACGAAAACGUAAUCUGAACCAGCAAGGCUUCAUGGUGACCACACAAGUGCCAAGCUCACAAGAUAAAAACAACAACCGCCAUGAGGGAUUAAUAUUAACCCUGACCCAGGACGGCAAUGGUCAGGUGACUUUCUCCCUAAACACACCCACCACCAAGGCACGGACAGCGUCCUUCCACUCUGAGCUAAAUUAUCUAUUCACUAAAUUAGACAAGGAAGUCAGAAGAACAGGAGCCAUUAAAAUAGCUGAAUUUGAUAAUGUACUGAAUCUCAUCCUGUCCUUAGGAUAUUACUUCUACAAUCUCAUGCCCCUGUCAAGGGGAACAAGUGUUGUUGCUUACUCUGUCAUCUUGGGACUGUUCAUGUCUAUGGGGAAAGAAGUAACAGGAAAAAUACCACAGGGAAAGUUACUGGAUCUAGAGGCCAUGUUGUCUGGAGGUCCAGAUGCUUUUAUUUUGGUGGCCAAACAGUGGAUGAAUGUCAAGAAGACUACAGUCCCGGUUUCUCAGCUUCCCCAGGUCACAGCUACUUUCCCCACUGUCCGCAGUGUCAUCGAGGCUCUCAAAGUAGGGGCAGCAGACUGCUAGCACCAACAACAGAUAUUCAGACAAGCAAGAAUUCAGGGAUGGUCUUCUGAUAAUGACUGUAUUUUAGUGUUUGAACCCUCACCAACUGAUUUAAUAUCCAGUUCACAAUGUAGUAGUAACUCAGCAAUCUGUCAUCUUCUCAUCUAUGUGUAAUACAGCUGCACUCAUCUGUAUUCCAUAUACUUGACAACAGUGUAUUAGUCUUUAAUCUACAGCUGAGAAAUCCUGGUUAAACUUUUGUCCUUGUGAAUGUACAUCAUGUCAAAACCAUUACAAAUUUCUGGGCAAAUUUUGGUCAAUGACAACAAACUAACACCUUAAAAAUUAGGGAAUUUAUACUUAACUCAGUAAUGAUCAGUAUUUUCAGAAAAAUAGAAAAUAGUUUUGCAAAGCAGUUUGAUUUCACCAUGGCAGUAAACACAGAUGUUAGUGAGAAUCCCCUCAGAGAUAGAUCAAUCCACAGUUAGUACGAUAGGGUUUGGGAAUGGCCCCUAAGGUUACUUUAAUCCAGUUAAACAGCAGAUAUGGUGAAAAACUUGCUUGUUUUCUGAUAAAAAUUGCUUUUGACAUACAUAACAAUAAACAUUUUAACAAAAACAAAAAUAUAUGGACAAAAUGCACUCUCAGACUGAAGGAGCCUAGCUAGGACAGCUCGGCCUCCAUCUUGUAGAGAUCAACCAUUUUAACAACACUAGACCAGCUUACUCUAAUCUUUGUACUGGUUUUGUCAUACUAACUUUAAAAGAUGUGGUCAUUUAUCAGAACACUGUAAAACUAAAUUCUUCAUUUUGUUCUAAUCUUGUAUUAAAUGUAACUUAAAACAAAUACUUAAUAAAGUAUUCAGUUCAGUGCUAUAUACAUCAUACCUGCGAAGACGUCAGAAUAUCACUUACAAAGAACAAGUUAAAUGUCCUGUGAGACUUUUAUAGUUUUAAUAAAUAAACAUAGUGAUGCAAGUAAAA